AUGGGCGUGAAGGGCGACCUCAAGGCCGCGCGGGCGAGGAUGCAGGCCGGAGAACCUUCUGAGGCUUUCUCCAUGAUCCAAAACAUCCUGGACAGCUCCCACCCGGACCUUAACGACGCGCAGACCCUGUAUGCGGUUCUGGUGACGUCAGGGCUGGCGGCACUUGCGUCGCAAGACUUGACCGCGGCCGAGUCCAGCUUCCGGCGUGCGGCCGACUCCAUCCCCGACGCCCCCCAGGCGUGGAAGGGGCUGAUAGACUGCCUGGAGCGGUCGGGGGCGGAGAAGGUGGGGGCGCUGCCGGAGUGUCUCUCGCGAGCCGCCGAGAUCGCAGAAGGGAAGGGGAACCUCGCCAGGGCAAGAGGGCUAAGGCUAAGGCUGGGGACGGUGUUGGAUCACCUCGGCAGGAAGGAGGAAGCCUUGGAAGCGGUGCUGCGUCAUCUCGACAGCCCGGAAGCCAUGGCCGCUGCCGCUGGGGAUGGCAGCGGCAUUUCCACAGCGGCGACCGAACGACUCUCGCUGCUGCUCCUCGCCGCCGUUCUCGAGACCGACGAAGAACAGGCGGCCGUCGAUGAUGAUAGCGUGGAGGGCGGCGGCCGGGUCGCGAAACGCCUGUCUGAUGCCAUGGAAGCGUUGCUCGAGCGCGGAGCCUCUGGUAACGGCGACGAUGACAACGAGGCAACCGCGGCGUUGUUGGAGCUUCGGAGGAUCGCCAGGGGUGGCGCACAGGACGAGGCUGGUGGAGACAAGACCGACGGUGCUGCCGCUGCCUCCCCCCGCCGACCCUGGCUCAAGUCCGAAGCCUGCCUCCACCUCGCCGGGCUCGCGCUGUGGGCCGGCGAUGUUUACCAGGCGGACGCCUUCCUCAAGACCGCCGCGGGAUCUGCUGUAGCGGCACGUAUUCCGCCGCAUCGCCGUAGCUCCACGAAACAAGCAGGGGCACCGUGGGCGGGGGCGCUGUCGGGGCCCGGCAGCGACUGGAGGGAGCUAUCCCUGCGCUGUCUUGUCGACGAGAGGCUGGGCGAUGGGGGGGGGGACCCUGCCGCGGCGGCGGCGCUGGGUCUCGGUCGCGUGGACGCCGCGAUGACAGCUUUCGACGAGUCAUUCCGGCUAAGGGGCCCGCCUGACGGCGAGGGCGACUACGCCGACGUUCUCGGGAGAUUGGGGUUGGCGAGGGCCUCCCUGCUGCUCAAGCUCGGCGGCGGGCGGCUGGAGGAGGCGCGGUCGGCAGUGGAGAUGGCUUCGGCCGGGGCCGUGCACGUCGCUCGCCAGGCUUCUGCUGGUGCCGAUGAUGGCAUCUGUCGGCCGCCCAGCCUGCACUGCCGAGCGCUGUGCGUGGCCUCAGAGGUUGACCUGGCCGGCGGCGAGAGAGAGCAAGCCAAGGGAAAGCUCAGGGAGGCCUUGGAGGCGGAGGCGGGUUUCGGGGAUGCUCUGAGCAGGCUGGGCUGGCUGCUCUUGGGGUUCGGCGGUGGUGGUGCCGCUAGCGGAGGAGGGAGGCGGGCGCCGUGCGAACGGGAAGACGUGGAGGCGGCGAGACCGCUCUUGGAGAGGGCGGUGGCAGAGGAACCAGGGUGCUCGUCCCAUGCAUUCCGGCUGGCAAGGUGCUAUUGGGAGGUUGGUGGGCUGUACCGAGAGGAUCGAAAGUAUUGCUUUAACUCUCUUCUCAAGGCCGCUAAGCUUGACCCUUCCAAUGCCGAGGCGUUCGAAUGGCUGGGGCACUGGUAUCAAGGUGUCGGUGGGGAUCGAGAGCGCGCACGCGGCUGCUUCCUGCGUUCGGUGAAGCUCGACCCUUCCUUGACGGGGGCGGGGGAAGCUUUGGCUUCGCUGUACCUGCACACUGGACAGGAGACGUUAGCUGUGGCUCUGUUCCGGCAGUGCGCGGCUGUGUCCGUGGCGUGCCACUGGGCAUGGGCGGGGCUGGGUCGUACAAAGAUCCUCGAGGGGAAGCUAGCCGAGGCUGCUUCGCACGUACAACAGGCCAUUCGAGGCUGUCCAACUUCUUGGUCGUACUGGUCAGACCUGGGGUGGUGCUACCACGCGGAGGGGAAACAGGCGGCCGCUCUCAAGGCCUACACCAGAGCGGAAGACCUCCUCGCCGACCAGCAAGACCCUCCGAGUUCGGUUGAGGCGGCCGCGAGGGUCAGGGUUAGAACACAGGUUGGCACGAUCCAGCGCCAAAUAGGCCAGGUGGACGAGGCCGUCUCGAGCUUCAACGACGCCCUCACCCGCGACCCUGAGUCCAUCCUUGCCCUUGAAGGCUCCGGGGAAGCCUACCUCGCGCAGGCCCACGCGCGGACAAGCGAGGGUCUCUACAACGCCGCGGCGAAGGCUCUUCGAAACGGCCGCGACGCGACAAAGAGAUUCCUGGACCUGUCCAAGGCGACGACGGGAAAAGGCAGCAGCGGCGAAGGCGCCGCCGCCGUUAGCAUGGAGUGCGCGUGGAAGCUGCUUGGGGACCUCCACACCUAUGCGCACAAGCUUCCGCCGAUGUGUUUCGAGGACGAAGGGUCGCGAGAGCAGCGGGGGGGCUCCGCGGAAGGGGGAAGCGUUUUGGGCCUGGGGACGUCGCAGGCGGCGGUCGAGCAUGCGGCCUUGGCCAAAGAAGGCGCUCGCAACAGGCUGGACUUCGUGGCACAAGGGGCGGAUGCCUACCGAAACCUUGUGCAACUCCUAGAGGCGAGGGAGAAGGACCAGGUCGACGGCGGCGUUGAUGGGCAAAGCGGUGACACCAGCGCGGCUGAAGGCCAAGGGGCGCUGGUGGUCACGAAGGCUGCCGCAUUGUACGACCUUGGGCUAAACUACCUGCUGAGGGGCAGGCUCGUCUGCUCCGAUGCUGGGGAGGGGUCGGGUCUAAUAGCACAGGAGUUCUACGACGGUCUCACUGAGGUGGCCGAGCUCACGAGGUCGGCAGAGGAAGCCUUCAGGAGGUCAGUCGAGGCCGAUCCCGCCUACUCGGAAGCGUGGAACGGUCUGGGCGCCACCAUGUCCGGGAGGCCCCUUGUCCAGCAGCACUGCUGGGUGCGGUCGGUGCAGCUGGAGCACAACCCCAGCGCGUGGGCUAACCUGGGCAUGCUCUACGUACGGUGGGGCAUGGACAUCCAGGCGUACGAGUCGUUCGGGGGGCUGCAGGCGGUGACGGACCACCCUACCAUGUGGGUUGGCCUUGGUUUGCUCAAGGAGAAGGAGGCAUGUCAGCCUGGCGUUGCCGGCUCUAAGCGGCGGAGGCUUCUUUCGCAGGCGAGCGAUGCGUACUACUCUUCCCUGGAGACAGGGCAGCACGUGGAUGGGCUACUGGGGCUCGGUACGACGGCGGGACAGACUCACAGUCAGGAUGACGCCCUCGUCGCGCUGCAGCAGCACCUCGACCUCAACCCAAGCAGUGCUCAGGCUUGGAACUACCUCGGGGCUGCCUCAGAGCUCGCAGGCAGAGGUACCCAAGCCGUCGCCGCCUACCGCCGCGCGCUGGGGUUACUCGAGGAGCAAAGGGAGAGGUUCAAAGCCACGGCCGGAGCUGAAGGACGCAAGGUGUGGGGGGAGGCGGUGGCACUUGCGAAGGGGAACGUGGGGAGAGCGCUUGUGCUGGUGGGGGGAGUGGAGGAGGCUGUGGCUUGUCUUGGGGAGGCUGAUCCUGCGCAGGCGGAUAACGCGCUUCAGCUCGGGCGUGCCUACGCACUGCUGGGUAACUGGGACGCCGCCCUUGCUGCCCUCGAGGAGGAGAGCCCUCUGGGAGUGGAUGGUCUAAUCUCCGGUGCAGCCGUGAGGUAUCUCCGAGGAGACGCUAGCGGUGCAGCGGCAGCGGCAGGCACCUUCAUGGCACAACGUCCGGGGGACCGGCGGGUGCUCCACACUGUGGUCUCUUUGGCAGCUCUCGCCGGUGAUUCGGGUCUGGUGCAACAGGCCUCUCGUGCUCUGCAGACCUUGCCUAAGAGGGCCACCUCCAGCGAUCCCGGCGGGAGCUUAGCUCGCCAACACGCUGCGGAGGAAGACCUGUGGGCGAUCCACCUCGCCAUGAGGGCCACGGGGGUUCCGGAUUCCGAGAGCAGGCGAGCGCUGUUGAAAGCGGUUCACCUUUCUCCAUCGUCGAUCACAUCGUGGGCAAGACUCGGCGCUGCCACCGCAGACUCUGCCGCCGCCACAGACGGCCGGGGUCGGGUUUCCGCUAAGGUCGGCGAGGCGUGUCUCUCGGCGGCGGAAAAGCUGGCCAUGUUUGAGUUGCUCGGGGUGGCGAGAGACGCCGGAAGUGGCGGUGGCGGUAACAACGUCGAGGAGCUGGCCGCGAGAGAUCUGGCUACGGCCUUGUCUGGCAUUGCCAAGACCGUCCUGUGCAGCGGUACUUGUAGCGGUGGCGACGGCAAGGGCAAGGCCGGAACUCGCAGCAGAGCCGUGCGUGCCACGUCUCGCGCGGUGCACCUCUACCCCGGGGAACCGUCGUCGUGGCGGUACCUAGCUAGGGCAAUGUCUGAUUCUGGGCCGACGCGGGGCGAUGGCAGCCAAGAUAGCCUGCUCCGUGCAGAGGCGGACUACCUUCAACUUCUUCUAGGCCAGAAUAACACUCACGACGGCAGCAGCACAGAUUCCUUCCCAGCCGCUCUCAUGGCGGCAAGGGUGGCGGCUCGCGGUGGAGUCGAUGGAGACGGUGGACGGGAAGACGCGAUAAAGAGGUACAAGCUCGCGCUACGGGAGCAGCCAAGGGCGUUGGUAGGCUGGCGUGAGCUCGCAGCCUGCUACGAGCUCUCGAACCAACAUCACGCCGCGGCGGCCGCCUUAGAGUGCGGCGCACAGGCAGCCGGCCCAGCCGAUAGCGUUGACAGCUCUAGCAGCGGCAAGCGGCGCAGCGUUUCGGCGACGGCCGCGCCCUUGUACCUGCAGAUGGCUGCAGGCACGCUGAUGAUGUCGCCGGGGGAAGAGGACGCGGGUCUGGCCGCCGUCGGAGACGCCUUUCGGCUCGGAAAGGGGGGAGCGGUCGGGCAUGUGCUGCGCGGGUUGUUAAAUUCGGGGCUAGGGAAGGAUAGUCUUGCGGCUGGGUCCUUCGCGAAGGCAAGGGACGCUGGCCUGGACCCGGCUGUAGCCGCCCUCGCGGAUAAGGUUUCCGUCCCACGGGCGGGACAGGGAGGGACACAGAAGGAUGCUGUUGUGUAGCUUGCUCUUUCCACCCGCGAGCAAGUAUUGGUGGAUGCUAAUUCAAUACAUUGGUGGAUGCCAAUUCAAUACAUUCGUACGAGCUUGUGAUGCCUUUUGGUGUGACGAGUUCCGGUGUUUGAGCGAGAUUGCUUCUUCUUGGCCGAAAUGAAGGUGGGUGGCGUGAAAGCAGCGGUUGGUUGUCGUGUCCGCUUGCCUGCUUGCUUUUUUUAUCAUCCCCGCCCUUGGACCAUCGUUUUGUGUCCCCUUUACAGGUAGGUAUCCCUUUUGGCAUUGCAUCUCCUACAAUAGUCAAAGAGCUUCCAGACGGGGUCACGAAAGCAACACUAGAAUCAAUCGCUACUUGCAGAAUAAAAUUCCCUCGUAAGGCGUAGAUGCGGACGGUGCUUAUUUUGUAGGACCUGUUUUUGGGGGUCGGGUGAGGUACUUUUUAUGUCUGUCAGAAGAGAGAUAUGCAUGCGUAGGUGGGAGUCAACCAGCUGUGCCACGAAUACCGUUUUUGCUGUGAUCAAGAGAAGGGUACAUGAAGGCAAUC